GUCGACUCGAGCGCACACACCAUGAAAACGACUCACCCAUUGGGCGCACCCUUUGAUCCCAAGUGCUAUCUCUAUCACUCGGUUAUGGCUAUACUCGCGUCCACUGCUUUCGGGAAGCGAUAUCAAUUAGAUGACAAAGACCUCGCAUUUUAUGGCGAAAGUCUUGAGUUCAUGCAAAGCCGGACGAGUCUAUUGGCGGCCAUCGAUCGCAUACCACUCUUAAGACUGAUCCCAAAAUACGGCAAUUAUGAGCGCAAAGUGUUUGAAACGGCCAGAGAUGUGACCAAUAGUUGUAAACAGCAAUAUAUGGCUCACCUGAAGACCCAUUCCUCGGGAGUCGUCAAUGACUUCUGCGACGCUCUCAUUGAGGCUAAAGAGAAGGCCAUUAAAACUGAUGGGCAAGGAUAACGCGGAGGCUUUCAAUGAUAACAACCUUUCACUCGUUAUUAAGAAUUUAUUCGCAGGUUUGAAAACAAUGAUUAAAUUAAUUCUUUAUAUAAGUAUUUUAUAUAUUGCAACGGGAACCGACACAACACAGUAUACUCUGCAAUGGAUUGUAUUAUUGAUGGCAAACAACACUGAAAUGCAGAUUCAGAUGAGGGAUGAGAUCGAGUCUGUGAUCGGCGAUAGAGUGGCCAC